AAGAGAAUGAUUUGUGCAAGUUAAAUGUUAUAUGUAUAUGGUAUUGUUCUGCAUGCUUUUGCUCCUAGACCUAUUGGAGCAUUCUAUGAGAGAAGCUCAGAAGAGCCAGCUCUGUGCCUGUGGAUGUCAUGUGGCAUAGGAAUUGAUGCUUUCAGUGGUUAUGAAGAAUAGUGGUCCUUUGUGUGCACAGUAAAGUUUGCAAGAAGGUGGGAGUCAAUCAUUUUGACAAGUCUCCUGAAACGAACAGCUAGCAGGAGCUGAACCCUUUUUCCAUUUGGUCUCGUGGCAAAGGCAAAGAUCACACCAGCAGCUCCACACAAUAUGCCGUGCUCACUAGUGCCCUCUGAACAGUCUUCUGGUACCUCUCUCUUGCCUAAAGACAAUGCCCCAUUUUCUUGGGAUUCCUUGGAUGAGGACGGAUUGGAUGACUCCUUGCUGGAGCUGUCUGAUGGGGAAGAUGAUGGCCAUUUCAGUUUCACGGAGGAAGAGAUUCAGGAGCUCUUGAAGGAUGAUGACCUAUCAAAUGAGCACUUUUCUUGGGGAGGAGGCUUGCCUAAUGAUGACAGCAGGAAUGUUGAGAAGGGAGGGAAAGGGAGUCAAAUUCCACUUGAUACUCCCCAAGAGAAAAAUUCAUUGUACAGCUUGGGACCAGAAGCUGAGACCCCUAGCCUCUUCAAACUACCUCAACUAAAUACAUCAGUUGGUCAUGGACCAACUCCUACUAAACCAUUGAACAGACGCUUUGCACUAGAAAAGAAUCUUAUAAAAGUUACAGUUGCACCAUUUGAUCCAACAGUUUGUGAUGUACUUGAUAAGGACAAGACUGAUACAUCCGAAGUUACUGAAAAACCCUCCUCCCUUGGAGAAGAGAUGAGAGAAGAUGGUCUUAGCCUAAAUGAGAGCACAAUUUGCACAGAAUCUGAAGGGAUCAGCCUCAGUAACUCUGCCUAUGAUGGACCCCCACUCCCUUCUUCAAACAGUAACUUUCAACAAACUGUCUCUGAUAAAAAUAUGUCUGACAGUAAGAAACCUACACCUGUAUUCUCUCAGAUCUUGGACCAUUCAGAGACUCCUAAUACGGGGUCAUCCUGGAGAAAUGGAUCACAUAAAUCAAGUUUUGAAAUGAGGUUUCCGGUUGUUUCCAGUUCAUCAAACGAAGAUGUUUUUGACGAGGAUUCUGGGAAGCUGAAGGUCCAUGAAAAAAGACUAGGCAAAGUCAUUCCUGUUCUGCAAACCAAAACAAGGACUAAUAUUCCGACGUUUUCACCAUCAGAUCUAGAAAAGCAGAAGCAAAGUUAUCUCAGGAAUGUCAUUGCUCAUAUAGAAGACCCAGUGGAUUCUAACCAAGGUGCCUUGGGGGAGCUGUGUGCCUUGAUGGGUCAAGUUCAUCACAUGCAGAACCCAAAAUGGCAGCAUCCUUCGGACCUCACCAGGCGAAACUACGCCCGGUUCCGACAGAAAUCUCUGCAAAGAUACAGUCUGACUCAGUGGGUUGACCAGAACAUGCGAAGCCACCAUCGAUUCCAGCGUCUACCAGAUUUCCCGUACAGUCCAUUUGUCUCCUCCCAUCAGCAGUGAAGGUCCCUAUCCAGGGUCCUGUCCAGAGCAGCAUCUCAUCUUCUGCUGUUUCGUGCUUUGUAGAUUUUGAAAUUUAUUUUUCACAACAUUUUAAUUUAAAGAACUUGUCACCUUUUGGAAA